CUCUGCCAGAGACCAUGGGUCUUAACUUCUACCUGCACAGAAAGAAAUACAGCUGCCUCCUGUAUCUCCAAUUCAGCCUCUCCCAGCAAACGUCACCUGUCUUUACCGGCAGUUUGUGACUUUCAACCACAGGAUCUGACAAACACUGAAAGCACAUGACACCACUUGUAUUUCACAGCUUAAAGCCCAAGCCCAUACCUCAUAUUCAGUCUUUGUUAAUGUUCUUCUUUCUUUCCAUCACUUGCAGCCAGCAUUCAUUAGCUUGUCUACCUGAAAAUUGUGAACCAGGCGUAAGCUGCAGCAUGACCUCCAACUAAAGCCAUCAUCUCCAGCCACUGCUUCACCUGCUGAAUCUACAAUCAAAUGUAAGGUAUAAAUCAAAUGCAAGCCUGUUGGUGUCUGUGGCGUCCCCCUCCAAGUAUCAAAGAUGUCUCCAUCUGCAGCGCUAAUGAGCAGUCUUAGAAACCUAUGCCAACGGUCUUUGGUCCCUGUCUCCACCUGCAGCCUAUACCUCUACCUGUAUUACAUGAAAGAUAGCUGCUUCCAGUGCCUCCGACCCAGUACCUGCCAGUAAACUGCAACUGCCUCCACCUGCCCUGUUACUAUAUGCCCAAGUCCAUGCCUCCAACUUGGGCCUCUAAUAAACAGCAACUGCAUCUGCUGCCUCCAGUUGCUGCCUUUGUCAGGAAUGUGAGGUACUAACUUGCCCCAAGCUUUUACUAAAAAACUAAAAAAGUCUCUGACCAUAAUAGUUAUAAAUUCAUUUAUAAAGUGCUCUCCGUCAAAGUGCAGUACAACAAGUAAAAUAUGAGGAUAAAGCACAUUACAACAAAAACAAGUUAAAAGCAAAUUAGUCAUGAUGUUAACCAUGAGUCUCAUCCUUCAUUUGUUUAUUACUUGCAUGCCUUUCAGCUACAGACAACCCUCCACAGAAAAUGCUUCUACUUUUGAAACUUACAGUGAACUGAGCAGCUGACUCCAUCCACACCACCUGUGACAGAAACGAAAUGUUAUGAAUAUAACUUCUGUUCCCUGAAGGAGAGGAACGAGGCACAACACAUAUAGUAUGGGAUAUCACGGCUUCGCGUGGCCUGACUGAAGACACCUUUAUUCACGCCUUAAAGGCAGAUGAUCUGUGGUGACGUCUGGGAGGCUCCACCUGCACAUAUAUAUACGUGUAACACCACAGUCAUCCUUCAGUUCGAUAGCCGCUCUUCACCGAGCCUAGCUGCGCAGUGGGGCAACCCAGUGUUGUACCUCGUUCCUUUCCUUCAGGGAACAGAAGUUAUAUUCAUAACAUUUCGUUCCCUUUCACUCGAUUAGGAUGCCCUCUGGACGCCUCCCAUUAGAGGUGUUCCAGACACGUCCCACUGGGAGGAGACCUCGCGGCUGGCCCAGGACCAGGUGGAAGGAUUAUAUCUCUCGCCUGGCCUGGGAGUGCCUGGGAACCCCCCGGAUGAGCUGGUGGAAGUGGCUGGGGUUGAGGGCCAUCCGGGCUUCCCUCCUGAAGCUGCUGCCCCUGUGACCUGGACCCGGAUAAGCGGAAGAAAAUGACGAUGAUAUAAUUUUUUCCCUGAUAACCCAGGGCACGCAGUGCUGCAUGACACAUUAACAGAGAUGCCUACCAUGUUGUUGUGCCCUUGCAAAAGUAUCAUAUAGCUAAUGAAAAUCGUAGGAAUUUUGGGGUUGCUGAAGAAGUGGAAGCCCCUCUAUGUCCUCAUGAGAUACAUUUUACAAAAGGACUUUAGGUGCCCUGAAGGUCAGGGGUACAUAUGUUUCAAGACCACUACGAGCAUUUUAUUCAACAUUUACAGAAGCAGGAAAUACAGCAUGUCAUAAUAGACAAAAACAUUCCCAACAAGCAUUUUUAAAAUUCAUAAUAAAGCAAAAAUAUAACCCUUUACAUAAAAAUAUUCUCUCAAGUGCAACAUUUUAAAAACCCAGAUAUACAAAUUUACACAGCCUAUUUCUAGACUCAGUGGCAUAAAAAUGUAUAUAUUUAAAGCAAUAUUGCAUUAUUGGCAGCGCCUUUAAAAGGUCUGCCAGGAGGAGCUCUAUUUUUAAAACUGGGCGUCAGGGGGUGUCAGUGGCACCAUUUUUAAUGCUGUUGUCCAAAAUCAUUAAAAUAUCAACAUUUUCACCAGGUCUGAUGUGUAGAUGAGAUUUGAGUUUGUUUAGGCCCUCAAAGGUCCAGACAAACACUUCAAAUAUUGACAAGACAAUAAUCUCAGGAAUUACAAUCAGACCCUCGUACCUCUGUGCUCUGACCCUGAUAAAAAAUUGACACAACAGCCAGGAAUGUUAGGUUUGCAUAUAUUUGGCCUUCACUGUGGACCUGGUAUUGCGCUUUCACCUUGUCCUUGGAGCACUGAUAAUCUUUGAAAGUUAUCUUUAUCAGUGUAAGGCUGAUCCAAUCCAUCAUUACUUCAAAAAGCCAAAAUAUAUAUUGAUUGCCUAUUCUUGGACAAAAUGUGGAUUUUUAAAAUCCUUUUCAUUCCAAAUUAAACCUUGAACAUCCAGGUACUCAGUGUUGUAUAUUCUGCAUUUAUUAUUGGGCUCAUUUAAGAAACUGUUUGACCAAAAAGAUCCUGAGUAGUUUUUUUCAAUGGUGGUCCAAAAUCACAAAACUAUUCAAUGAGUAGGCCUAAUUCUCAUGUAAUAAAUAAAACCUCACUUUGGAAAUUGUAGAUUUUCAUCAACCAAUUCAAAAUUUCAUACAGUAACUUCCAGAUAUUCACCUUCCUUAUUUAUUGGACGUGACAUUAAAUAUAUGUCAUAACUUUACCAAAUCAACCAGAAAAGCAGUCUGUGUCAAGGGAUUCAUAUUAUUCACUUAAGUACCAAAACGAAGCUUCUAAUGUAGUUCCUUGAAACAAAUGAAAAGACUAAAAAUGUAAAAAUGGUAAAAAGGGGAAUGACCGACAUAAAUUUUAUACAUAAGUGCUCCAGAAUCAUCAUCAAAGAUGCAGAGAAAGGUGAAGAAAACUAAUUUAUUCACAAUAGGUAUUACACAUUUAAAAAUACUAGUGAAAUUUUGUACAGAUUAGCACUAAAAAGAGAAAAGCAUGGGAUGAUUAACUGUUGUUUGGAUUUUAGUGCAUUGACAUCUAAGGUAAAAAAAGGUAUACCAUCAAUUUAGAUCUGCAUCACUUGACAUUACUCCUUGAAGACAAAUAAAAGGUUUUAGAUUAUAUUGCUAUGAGAAGUGCAAAGUGCCCAUUAAACUAAACCACAGAGUGGUGCCAAAGUUUUGUCCCCUGAUGUUAUCGCUCAUUAAACUCUUCACCAUUGUUUACUUUAUUGAUUUUUUUAGUAUUACAAUUCUAAAAGUAACUGUAAAUACUCUGAGUCUGGGAACAUUUUUAAAUCAGCACCUGACCCACAAUCUAUUUCUCAUCUCAUCUAACUUAUGCAUGAUAUGUGGGCUGUCAGUCCACAAAAGGAGAACCUGCUUUACUACUGUUUGCUGCCACGGUUAUGUCUUCAGCUCAACAUUAACAUAAAACCAGUGAAAUAUGACAGGGUCCUGUUGGUGGCGUGAAUCAGAUGAGCGAAAACGUUUCUUCAGGAAGAAUCUAAACAUAUGAUACACAAAGAGGGCUGUGUGAGGCUUUCAAUUACAAUGAACAUUCAAUUUAUUUUGUAUAGGUGAGAGUAUUUUAGACUUUGAAAACAGGUCAUUUAUGAGUUCCCUCCAAAGCUUAAAAUAAAUCACAGUAACUUUACCCCGAGUUUGUGUGCGUGAUUGUGUGUCCACUGAUGGCAGUAAUGCGUUUUGCAAAACAAGCGUAAUUUCUAAGUAGGCUAACUCAAGACAGUUCAUGUCAAAAUGAAGAUACUAAUUCAGGGUGCGAAGCUUACUAGUCUCUCCAGCUAAUGCCAUGGUGUCUUCACCCAAAAGAUCAAGUUUUUUUUUUUUAACAAGUUUUGACAGUAAAUAUUCUGUUUUCUCAAUGAGUUUCCCAACAUAUUUGAAAAGUUUUAUCAACAAGUAUCUAUUUAUUUAUCUUCAGGACAGCUGCAGCUUUAAUAACCUCUGCUUGUUGGAGUUUGAGAGUCUAAAGUUCACAUCGCCACUCCUCCUACUGGAUUGUAGAAAAACUAGAUUUCCCCUCCCUCGUCGCUCACACAGCUCACUCAACUCUGCACACCCACUUCCUUGUUCCCUCCCCUUCAGAUCUACAGUCUAAAGGCUGGGCGUAACCAGCAUGUGCUGAGAUGAUCCUGCUGAUACACACAUGUUGUUGAGAUCAGAGCUCAGACUAGUUUCACUUCUGAGGAAAUGAAACUCAGUCAGUCGUCAACAGUAAGUGUUGAAAUGGCGCAGAAAGGAGUUCAGGUGGACCGGGAAUCUUUCUCUUGUUCCAUCUGUUUGGAUCUACUGAAGGAUCCGGUGACUCUUACCUGUGGACACAGCUUCUGCAUGAGCUGUAUUCAAACCUACUGGGAUAAAGAGGAUGAGAAGAAGAUCUACAGCUGUCCUCAGUGCAGACAGACCUUCAUACCGAGGCCUGUCCUGAAGAAAAGCACCAUGUUAGCAGGUUUAGUGGAGAAACUGAAGAAGAGCGGACUCCAAGCUACUCCUGAUGAUCCCUCUGAUGCUGGACCUGAAGAUGUGGCCUGUGACGUAUGCAGUGGGAGAAAACUGAAAGCUGUGAAGUCCUGUCUGCAAUGUCUGGCUUCUUACUGCCAGAUUCACCUCCAGCCUCAUUUUGAAUCACCUCCAUUUAAGAAACACAAGCUGGUGGAGCCCUCCAAGAAGCUCCAGGAGAACAUCUGCUCUCGUCAUGAUGAGGUGAUGAAGAUGUUCUGCCGCACUGAUCAACAGUCUAUCUGUUAUCUCUGCUCUGUGGACCAACACAAAGGCCACGACACAGUCUCAGCUGCAGCAGAAAGGACUGAGAGGCAGAAAGAUCUGGAGGAGAGUCGAGAAAACAUCCAGCAGAGAAUCCAGGACAGAGAAGAAGAUGUGAAGCUGCUCCAACAGGAGGUGGAGGCUAUCAACGGCUCUGCUGAUAAAGCUGUGAAGCACAGCCAGGAGAUCUUCAGCCAGCUGAUCCGUCUCAUGGAGAAACGCCGCUCUGACGUGGAGCAGCAGGUCAGAUCCCAGCAGGAACGUGAAGUGGGUCGAGUCAAAGAGCUUCAGGAGAAGCUGGAGCAGGAGAUCACUGAGCUGAAGAGGAAAGACACUGAUCUGCAGAAGCUCUCACUCACAGAGGACCACAACCAGUUUCUGCACAGCUACCCCUCACUGUCAGGACCGGGUCAACCUGCAGACUCAUCCAGAAUCAACAUCCGUCCUCUGAGAUACUUUGAGGAGGUGACAGCAGCUGUGUCAGAGCUCAGAGAUAAACUCCAGGAUCUUCUGACAGAGACGUGGACAAACGUCUCACAGGCCGUGACUGACGUGGAUGUUUUACUGUCAGAACCAGAACCAGAACCAGAACCAGAACCGAAGACCAGAGCUGGUUUCUUAAGAUAUUUACAAAGAAUCACACUGGAUCCAAACACAGCACACAGACAGCUGUUAUUAUCUGAUGGAAACAGAAGGGCAACAUAUACACCAAGACAACCACAGUCUUAUCCUGAUCACCCAGACAGAUUCAUUAAUUUUACUCGGGUCCUGAGUAGAGAGAGUCUGACUGGACGUUGUUACUGGGAGGUGGAGUGGAGAGGGAACAAGGUUUAUAUAGCAGUCUCAUACAAGACUAUCAGCAGAGCAGGGUACUCAGAUGAUUGUAUAUUUGGAAACAAUGACAAAUCUUGGACGUUAGUUUGUUCUAAAAACAGUUAUACAUUUGUGCACAACAAAGUCAGCACUUGUGUCUCGUGUCCUCAGUCCUCCAGAGUAGGAGUGUUCCUGGAUCACAGAGCAGGUAUUCUGUCCUUCUACAGCGUCUCUGAAACCAUGACUCUCCUCCACAGAGUCCAGACCACAUUCACUGAGCCACUACAUGCUGGACUGUUACCCUGGUCUGAUGGAAGCUCUGCUGAGUUUAUUGAAGUGAAAUAAAGAGAAUUUUGAGUCCAUCAGACCAAAAACAUGUAAUGAGAUCACUGAACUCUUAAAAUGUUCUGGUUUGUAAAUGUUUGAGGAUCAGUCUCACCAAAUACUAUCAGUUUAGUUCUUCAUUUCAGCUUUUUCAUUCUUUUCUAAAGAGGCUGAUUUGGUUGCAGCUUUAAGGACAGUGAUUGUGGAUAACUUUGAUUGUUUGUAUUUCUCAUAUUAAGAAAUCUUCACUAAAGUUUGAUAACAACAACAUCAAGAUGAUCAUUUGUUCAAAUCACCUUCAGUUGGUGCAGAUAUUGAAGGUCUGAGAAAAAAGUGAUGUCAAAAUAAGGAAAGAAAAAUGAAAAGGCACAACCUUAUUCUCUGUCCCAAAUCUAACCGUCUAAAGUCUUUCCAGUUGUCCCCCAAAACACUUGAAAUGAUCUGUGCUUUCUCUGUUUGCUGAAUAUUUGUAUUCAUGUCAUGGAUGUAUAUUUAUGUCUGCUUCUGUUGGGUCAGUCUGUUUGUAAAGACAUCUUUAGUUAGACUUUUGGCAAAUCCACAUGUUAUAAUGAACUUUUCAAUCACUCUAAUAAUAAUCACAUUCAUUAGUCUGACUGUUUGUAUGUUUCUGACUCAGCUCAGACUGUGGUGAAAUCUCUGAUUGUGGGUGAAAACAAUAAAAAUCAUCAAACUGAGUCACUCAGAGCACCUCGCCUGUUUUUCUUUAUUUUCUCUGUUUCUGCUGGAUCACCUGUUACUGGUCCGUCUGGGUCAUGGAUUCAUGUGGUCUGCAGGAUUUCCAUGAUGUGGUCACUCACAGGUGUUCCAGGUCCCAGAUGUGAGUCCUGCAGCUGGAUCAGGUUUUCUGUAAAUGAGAGGAAAAAGACAGGUGGCAGGUUGUGUGUCUCUUUCUCUGACUUCUGUCAGUCCAGCUGCUGAUGUUUGUAGGCUCACAUGAAGUCUUCAGCUUAGCUAGUUGCCAACCAGGCUGCUUGCUGCUGUAAGUAUAAUACAAUUAUGGGCCAGCUAACGUUAGUUGUCAACAUUAACCUGUUUCAGAAACAAAGAGUGGCGCUGAAGCAGCAGGAGCAGCAGUGGCCAGUCCUGGAGGCUCUUCUGAAGAUGAGGCUGAGAUUAGAGAUGAGCAAAAACAAGGUGAGAUCAUUGUUCAAGUAUUCAAGGGCGAGCUCCCCCCUCUGAACCCCCUUUACGUUGGUAUGUUGGUUCAUGAGAGAGAGAGAGAGAGAGAGAGAGAGAGAGAGAGAGAGAGAGAGAGAGAGAGAGAGAGAGAGAGAGAGAGAGAGAGAGGUGUAGGUGAUAAAAAUUCACCUUUUAGCUCUUAUAAAUGUGUUAUAGAAUCAUGUAUUGACCUCAUGCAGUGCUGUCACUUGACUUGCAGAGCUCUGAGUCAGGCUUUAGCCUGCUGUGAGUAUUAAUAUGACAUUUUCUGAACUGAGAAUCAGAGAAACUUUUUAAUGAUACACAGAAGAAGUUCUUUAUGAACUUUGAUGACCAGGUACAGUUAUGGGAGUUAUAGAGAAUUCAAAACAGGCUUUUUCUAUGAAUUACACCUUUUUAAGGCAUUAUGCUCACUGCUUUUCACACUUAUGAAACAUUGCUUUAAUCAGUUAUAAAGGUAGUUAUAAAACAUUGUAGGUGUAUUUGGGUUCAUCUUAAGUGUUGGUGUGGAUAACUUUUUUUCUGAAAACCUUCACACUGCAGAAACAUCAGUUUAAAAUGUUGGUUUUCAUAAUUUUUUUUGUAGCUUUUGACUUAAAAGUUUUGAUUUUGAUAAACAUUGUUGAUAGACUGCUUUAUGAUAUUGCUAUUGAAGGAACCAUAGAGUACUGAGCGUUUGUUUUCAUUUGGAUUAAUAUCGUACUUUGACACAGUUCCUGUCUUACCUUGAAUGCCCUGUCUGUGUGUUUUUUUUCUGUUUAUGUGUCUUACCCCAAUAACCUGCUAACUGCAUGCUCCUCUGACAUGUCAACAAGUGACUUGGGUCCAAAGUCCAACCCCAUAUGACUUCAAGAUUUCAGGAAGUGUCCUGUGGAGCGUACUCUGAAGGAUCUCUGAGGCAGAAAAAGGUAGAAACAUUUAGUUUCUGAAGCUUCCUCUGUGUUUCUCUGGUUUCCUCUCCCGUCUCUCUCCUUUUUCAGUUCAGUUUUCUUCUUGUGUUUUUUGUCCCACUCUGCUACCCUUUGUUCUUGGUGCAUGUUUUUCCCUGUUAAUCUAGCCUCACUUCCUUAUCUCUGAGGACUGUCAUUAUCAUCACCUACAACUGUAGACUAAAUUGAGCUUGUGUGUACCAUUGUGUGUGUGUCUUAUUAUCUUUAUUCAGGUUUGAACACACUUGUGUGACCGUGCUCCUGUAGGUGUGUGUUUCGACAUGGGGAUCUACUGGAGAUAUGUUUUGCUGUGUUUUGUGCUGGUGGCCAGUAUGACACCAAUGUCCGCUGCAGCUCAGGUAAGAUCUGUGACUGUGAUGAACUACAGAUGUUAACAGAGGAAAUGGAAACAUUUUUCUUCUUUAAAAUCUUGUCAAGUGAACAUGGAUACAGAGUUAAUAUCAAACAAAACUAGCUGAUUCGAUGGAGGAGAUAAGUCUGGUCAAUUAGGGCUCAUGACUCACUGGGUCCCUAAAUUAUUUGGAUAUUGGUGUCCCAGUGCUCUAGUUUUUGAUGGGCAGAACUAUAAAAAGACACAUGAAAAAGAAUUAACAGUAGGCAAGGAUAUUAAUAGAUAUUACUACCCACGCUCUUUUUGAAUGAAUGAAUUUAUUUCACCAGAAAAUCCUCAUUUAGAUUAAAAAUCUAAUUUGCAAGAGUGUCCUGGCCAAGAUAGGCAGCAGUACAUUUACAAAGUUACAGACAUAAAACAAUUACAGACCGAUACAAACAUAACAACCAGCUAAGUAAGUCACAGAGCUAAAAAUUUUCAGUUAAAGCACUUACAGCCUGCUUCAUCUUCCUCUAGAGCCUUUCAUCUACAUUUAAAAAGAUUUAAAGAGACCAGCUCUCCGAGACACAGUUUUUCUUGUAGCAGAUUCCAGUCUGCAGGAGCAGCAUAACUGAAACUUAUUUUACCCAUUUUAAGACGAACUUUGGGGACAGAUAGCAAAAGUACAUUUUGUGGCCGAGUCAUAGAACGUAGGCUGUAGCUUCUGGAACUCUUAACAUAAACACAGUUACUCAAGUAUGGUGGAAGCAGGCCUAGUACAGCCUUGUAAAUCAGGAUGUACCAGUGGUUUAGUUUAUGCAUGGUCAGAGAAGGCCACCCAACUUGCUCAUACAGAGUACGAUGAUGAGUUAGAGCCUUAAGAUUUAUUUUGAACCUUAGAGCUCCAUGAUAAACAGUAUCCAAAGAUUUAAGGCUUUGAGAAGAUGCAUGCAUAUAUAAAACAUCGCCAUAGUCAAUCAGAAGCAUGAAAGUAGCAGCAACAAGACACUUUUUUUGCAGCAUUUCUGAAGUAAAAGCCCAGCUGCAACCUAAGCUUCUUUAAGUUGCUCAAUAUGAAGCUUAAAAGGCAGAGUAAUUGAUCACAAACCCAAGAUACUUAUAAGAAGGUACAGACUCAAUCACAUCACCCUGAGCUGUAACAAUAGAUGUCAGGAUCUGUGACCUCUGUUUCAAAUUCAUGAAUUAAUCACCCUGCUCGGCUGAAUACAGGAUUCUGGUCGGUCAAAACCCAUAACAACAGUCAUUUAUUCUAAAUGGCAAAAGGACAACUAGAUCAUACACCACAUCAAUCUGCACACUCAGUUCUCUGUUUAUGACUCCACCUCUUCCUUUAACAGUAUUUAGAAACAUUCAUUUAUGAUAUGAUAUGUGAACAAGAUGGAGGAAAUUAGGGUUGAUGUGUUUGUAUAGUCCAUGUGUGGCUGUGUUAUAAGCAGUCUGAUACACAGAGAGCUUGGCGUCAUGUCUUGUCUCAUCCUGCCGGGUUUCUAUUUUGCUCUUAAAAUAUCUGAUAACAACUAUUUAUUGUACUAUGAACAGGCAAUUUAUAUGUGUGACACUGAAGAUAAAAACAAGGGGAGGUUUCAGUUAUUACUCAUUAAUCCUCAGUAUUAAACUCUUAUGGUACCAAACCAGAUCAUUAUAGAGCCUCUGUUACAACACAGCAGCAACCAGAGUAAGAAAACAGACCAGCUUUGAUGAUCGCAGCGUCAUCCAGUGUCUGCUCAACACUGAUAUCCUGCUGGGCUGUUCAAUUAUAGAAGGUAGAAGUGCAGACACAGAAUAGAAACUGACUGAUGACUCAGCUGUGGAUAUGACACAAAUGUGCACUAAGUGCUGAGAUACGAAAAUGUGAAUAUACUUCUCCUAUUGCUAUUAUGUUCCCUGUAGCUUUGUCCUCUUCCUUAGUGUUAUCCUUAAAUUAAACCAUCAUGAUUUAUAUAUGGUUGAAAUGACUGUUGAUAUCACUGUCUGUCAUAAACCAGUAUGUGCUCCUGUUUAUUCUAGCCGGGUUUCAUAGAGAGCCUCCUCUUGGCCACACACCAGCGUCCCUGGCUUUGGAGUGUCUACGUCUUCACUGUUGGACUUCCCAUCAUUCUCUUCAUUAGCUUCAUGUGGCCUGAUAAGGUAGAGUACAGUUGUUAAAACAUGUGCAAGCAGCAUUAGAAGUAUUUACAACAAAAACUUUGUGUGUGUGUGUGUGUGUGUGUGUGUGUGUGUGUGUGUGUGUGUGUGUGUGUGUGCGUGUGCGUGCAGAGGUUUGGGCCCCCUGAUCAGCCGUACUACUAUAAAAAGUCUGAUGAUGUCCAGCCAGAUGAUCUUGACAUCUCUCAGUGGACAGAGUCAGGCAACACCAAAGGUCUUUUUAUUUUCAACUGUCCUAAAUCUCAGCGCUAGAGACGCUUCAUCAGCAAUAUUAUUCCUGGCAUUACUCUUCUCCUUCAUUCUCUUUUCCUCCUUAUUUCUCUCUUUUUUUCUUUAUUUAGAAAAAGCUGAUGGAGCUGUAACAAGAAGGCGAGACAUUCAUGGCGUCCAAAGGAAAUCUGAUUUAGACCAGAAGGUGAGAUUUAGCUUAAUGCAGGUGGCAAUAACUGACAAUGUGCUAAUAUCAGGAAAAAAAACAUUGAUCUGCAAAUCUUCAAAUCUGAAUUGAUGCAAUGAUUUGAUGCAUCAUAAUCAAAGUCAAUCAGUGUUUAUUUAUCUAAAGUCAGACUAUUCAGAAAUUUUCUCAGGACUCUUACUCCAUAAUCAUUGUCCACACUGAGUUUAAUUGAGUGAAACAGGAAUAGUCAGAUCAAAAAAGGUAAAACCAAAUUGAAAACCUUUUAUUGUCAUUUUCCAACUGUGAAGCUGUUUACAGAAAAACAAUUCCUUGUAAAUAGCAAAUACUGGAAGAAUUGAUCUAACAAUCCUCUGAGCUUAAUACGUAAAUAUCAUUUAAGAGGCCGUUUAGCAACUGUAAUGAUUGGUUUUCUUGAGGGACCCAAAAGCAGGUAGCAGAGGAAGCUUUAAGUGAUUUUAUUGUAAUGAACUAAGAAGGAUGGUGUGAGGUCCGGGGUCCAAGGAGCGCAGGGGGUUUCGUUGUGAGGGGGUGAGGCAGUGUGUGAGAAGAAAGGAGACAGCAGGUGAGUGGUUCAGGAUUGAACGUGUGGCAGUAGAGGCAGAGGUUGGGCAGACACUGGUAGCUUGAGGAGGCACCGGUGGAGAAAGGAGGAAAGCAGCAAAAACAUUCACUAGAACACUCUUGUGUUUUCAAUACAAGAAAGAGUUGGCCGUGAAACCUCUGUUCCACUCUGUGAGAGUGGGAAUAAUCUGGCGAUGAGCAGUCUUCAGAGCUGAGCCUAAAAGCAGGUGGUGAUUAGGUGAUCAGAUGCAGGUGUGAAAGUGCAGGAGGAGCCAGUGCUAGUGAAGAGCUGCCCAACCUCUGUGAAAAGACGGGGGGAGGCUCCACACACACACACACACGCACACACACACACACACGCGCACGCACACACACACACACACACACACACACACACACACACACACACACACACACACACACACGCGCACGCACACACCAAAAAAAAUUUAAAAAAAAAACUCCAAAGCCAUAAACAUGUCCAAACCAGCAAAAUCAUAACAGCAGCAUCUCUUUUCACAUGAGAGUACUGAAGAGUUGGAGCCACAGAGCUCUUUUUAUGAGUGUGCUCUUUUGUUUUAUUGUCUCUUUCAAAUAACAGUUAAAAACAACAGCUCCUCCGUCCAGAUUUAUCUCAUUGUGCUCUUCAGUUGCUUGUUUAAACUGUUGCUAACUGUGUUGGUUUGUUUGUGUUUGCAUGUGCAUCCCUGUUGCUGUCCAUGCAUGUGUGUAAAGUAGGAACACUGAACAGUGCAAUGACCCCAGAAGAAGAGACGCCACCAUUGCACAAGAGGAAGUUCUGAGCAGAGACCUCUCACUUCUUUGGAAAUCUGAAAUGCCAACAACAUCCGAGCACUGACUGUUCAAUGGUUCUGUUAUUGAGUAAAAGGGUCAUUUGAUAUGAACAGGAGAAUUUAUCAUGUUCCUCUAAAUGUUCACAUUCAAUUUAUUGCAUUUAUGCUCUCUAUGCAGAGAUGUUUGCUGAUCUCUGCAUAAAGAGCAUUUCCCCUGGAGCUGAAAGAGUGCCUCUGUUUUUCUUCUGUUAGUCCUCAGACCUCUCAGGUGGCUGUGUAUGAAGCUGUAGUCACACCACCUGGUGGCAGUAGAAGGUAAACAGGAACUUGAGUCGUCCUGGUGAAUAUAAAGCUUACUUUGGUACAAAACAGACUGUUGUGCUUUUUUUUUUUUUUAAUUACUGGGCCCUUAAAGCUUUGUUCACUGCAAAAACUCAAACCUCAAUUAGUGUAUUUCUCUUGUGUCUCCUCAUCUCAUCAGACUCAAUAUGAGCAACAUUCACAUGGUGAAUUGUAUCUUGUAUUGAGUAAAUGAAUCUGGGCUGAGAAAUAUUUACUUGUUUAGUUUCUUGAAAUAAAUAACAAGGCAUGGUUCUGAAAGCAAGAAACGUAACAGGUAUAAUUUGCUUACUGCAUUAGCAGGUAUCUUUCUUGUUUAUGAGUUUAAAUUUUGAAUCUAUUUGAUUAAUUUUGCUCAUAAUAUCUUAAAACACAAUGUUGUCUGGACCUAAAAAAUGCCUAUAUUAAGAUACACCAGCCAAGGUUUUGGUUUUCACUGUGUAUGGCUGUGUACUGUUUGUAUGGUUAUGGCAGAUACUGUACAUUGGCUGUAUCAACAGUCACAAGUAAAACCCCACCUGUAGGAUUAAUAUUACAGCUGAUUAUUCGUUGGAAGAUAAAGCUGCAGCACUAUGAUUCUCAUUUACACCUAAUAUUAUAAUAGUAGCAUGCUCAUGUGCAUCCAGUUACAUUAGCAAAAUACGAAACAGCUAACUCAGUCCUCUCUGACAGUAAGACUUUAACACACACCAAUAUCUACUUACAAGCACAUCAGUUCUGAACAAUUUCAGCUGUGAAACUAAAAGUGUAAAUACCUUUAGGAUCAGGACUUAAACAAUGACCAGGUUGGUGAUCAUAACAGCAUUUUCUUUACAGCUGAACUGAGCUACUUUCUACAAACUGCUGUUCUGGCUGGUACAGACAAAAGACAGAUUUUUUAUUAAUAAGAAAAAGUGUAGUGUAUAAGUUUGUCUCCUUUUGCCUCUUAAAGCAUUGUUCAGAUCUGACCACCAACAACAUUAAGCUUCUCAAACAGAUCAUCUCGAUCAACAGAUCAUCACAAACGAAAAGAGAAAAUAAAGAGUUUGCAAGUCAUGUUUGGGGAUGUUGAUGAUGGAUUUUGGCCAUCAUCUCCUUCAAUCAAAUUCAUAUGGUUUUGGAGAUUUUUAUGUUUUGGCAACCUCCUGCGCUCAUAAAAAUUCCAGUUGUUUUUUUUCUUUUCUUUAUUCUUUUCUUUUUUACAGACCAAACAGAGAGAGAUUGUCCAAAAAUGUGCCCUGUUUGGCAAGUGUGCUCGUGUUCUGGACAUUCCCUGAAUAUUUUUUGUAUUUUAUGGCUGCAGAGAAUCUGGUAUCCCAUCAGGUUUUCAUUCUUUAGGGGCACGGCUUUCUCUGAAUCCAGGUGGGAGGAAACCUUUUUUAACAGAAAAUAUACAAGAUUCAACUUGAAUCUGAAAAGGUGUUAUCUCCAGUUUGUUCUUGAGAUCUGCUGUUUUAGUUUUGUACUAUUCAACAAGAAAGGGAUGGAGGGCCAGCAGCUGCUGCUCAAAGGACUGAUCGUCAUCACAGCUUGUUUCCAGGCUCUCUGUGUAAGUCUCUGCAAACAGUCAACCGAGGGGCCGACACUUUAUGGUUCUCUCUUCUUCUACAAAUGUCUUUCUUUGGUUAUGCUUUCAUGUUUUAGAAAAAAGUUCAUGUGUUUCUGUCUGUUUUCAUUUCAUUUAUACUCUGAAUAUUGUAUGAAAGAGGUUGCUGUCUCGUGUGUUUUUGAAGGUUUUUUACCUCAUAAGUUUACGCCUCCAGGAAUUUCACUGGACUCUUUUCAGUGAAAGUGUUAAAUUGAUGUUAAUUUUCACACCAUCUGUUCUCUAACACCAUUUUCUCUUAAAAUCGUCCCUCUGCUUUUAAAGAGAUCAUUACAUGGUUUCUGCCUAUGGUCAGUGUUAUUUUCAGUAUAUUCUUAUAAUUUAUAAUCUAAUCUGAUAAUUGUGCAGAGUUUGAAGAAGCCCCUAAACCAGGGAUCAUCUGGCUCAGUUCAGCAUCUGGAAACGGUGAACCAGAAAGCCUCUGGAGUUCAUCUAUUGUUGACCUUACAUGUUUGAGAUGUCAUGGUCAGGGAGUCAUUGCUUCAAGCCAUAUGACAGACUGGUUCAUAACUCUUUGAUUCUUCUAGGAUCAGAGAUUAAGGGGUGUUGGUUAUUUGUUAUUUUGAACAAGUUUUAAUUUGACAUUUUGAUUCUGCCAUUUAACAUUUUUCAUAUUUGGCUUUCUAUAAUUAAAUGUACAAAAACAGAACAGUUUACAUAUGGCAAACAUGUAUACAUUGUUGUUUUUCAUGGCACAAAAAAGAAUAAGGUUUAAGUAAGAAUAAAAAGCUACCCUGAUACAACCCCUCAUAGACUUCUCUCCUUUUCCCCAUAAAUGUCUCUUUGCCCCCUCCCACCUCUCCACCUCUAAAUUCACAAAUAGAAAAAUGAGUAACUUCAUUUGUUAUAAAUACAUAUAAUACACUUGAAAUAAUGAUAGAAAUUAUUUAAAAAACUAUAAAUACACAUCAGGUAUAAAAAUAAAUAGAUAUAUUUUGUGACCUUAUCAAAAGGUAUAUGUUAUCUGUCAUAUGUUUGGGUAUGUGUCUGAUAAUGAUUUUGAUAAUAAUAAUAUAGUGAAAAGAAAAACACAGAACAGAGCCAAUUAAAAUGUAAUUUUUAAAGCAUCUCAAUGUUUGUGUAGGAGCCUGACAUUUGCCGUGAGGAGGUGGCUCGACUAAGAGAACAGGAAAAGCAUCUGAGGAGCCAGAUUCAGACUCAAGAACUCCUCCUUCAGAGAUUACAACAGCCGAACCAACCUGACAACAACAGAGUCAUCCCUGACCAGAGCCAGGACACCCAGCACACAGGUCAGGACCACUGUCCCAGGACUACAACAUCUAAAAGACAUACUCGAAAAUAUCCUGUUUCUAUUCACUCAUUAUAUGAAUCAGAGGUAGAUGACUUCAGAUGCUUAAUAGUGGUUAGUUACCAGGUUGGGAUACUCAUGUGAUUUAGUCCACACUGGCUUCCCCACUGUGCACAGUCAUCCUGUAUAAGGUUGGAGGAGCAACAAAGUUGUAGUGUAUGUAGUGUCGUAGGGUAUGAGGGGCAAAAAGACCAUAUCACAGACAGAAACAGGUAGAGUGGUGCUUUACAAUGAAUCACUGUGCAUCAGAUGGUUGAUGAAGAGAGAUAGAUUACAGGAGACAUGUACACAGACAGUUUUAUUACAAAAACUAAAAAAAAAGAAAACACAAAGGAUAGAGCUGCUGCAUAUGACAAGAAGGACAGACUGGCAAUGAAACACACAAUGUGGUUUGUGUGGUGGGGGGUCAGGUCAUUUAAGGACUAAAUAGAGCGGGGAAUAGGUACGAAGAUGGAGUGGUGGAGACCUGAUGAGAUUAAAGUUCACAGCUCGGGAGAAGUGGAGGCUGGAAGUGUCAACAAUAUAAAGGGUCAGAUACAAGACAAGAUACAAGACAAUAAAACAACAGUUAUGUUUAUGAAAUAAUAACAAUUUGAACUGAAACACAAGUUAAUGAGUCGCACAACCAUGGAUCCUCUUGGGAAAACUAAGGAGCAAGUGUGAGCUGGUUUUACAAACUUAAAGUAACCACCUUGAAGAGACCAAAUCAGAGUGUGUCAUUGUGCUUUUGUCAGAUUGUUCUCAGCUCUUCAAGUCUGGCUCUAAAUCCAGCGGUGUCUAUGAGAUCAAACCCCAUGGGAGUCUGUCUCCUGUCAGAGUGUACUGUGAUAUGAGAGAUGGAGGGGGCUGGGUCGUCAUUCAGAGACGAAUCAAUGGAGCAGAGAGGUUUAACAGGUCUGUCUGUCACAAGAUGAUGAAUUAUACCAAACACUAUCAAUCUGCCGCUAUAUAUCCACCUGUCUGUCUGUCUGUCUGUCUGUCUGUCUGUCUGUCUGUCUGUCUGUCUGUCUGCCUGUCUGUCUGUCUUUAUCUUUCUAUCAGGUCAUGGGCAGAGUACAAAGAAGGUUUUGGAGAUAUGGAAACACACCAUGGAGAGUUUUGGCUCGGGAAUGACAACCUUCAUUUCAUCACAACACAAGGUGAGUGAGGCCUCUAAUAACAGAUUUGAUAAAUGUUCCUAUUCAGGGUUACGUCUGUUGACCAUAGCAGUGGAUGGCAAUGUUUAUGGGUUAAGCAGACUUUCCAACCAUGUAACCCUAACUUUUUGCUUCAGUCAUUAUUCUCUUUAACCAUUAGGACUAUGUCAAACUGCUCCAACAGAACAGCUUCAAUAAAAAACAAACCGUGGUUGUGGUAUGAUACCAGUGUGUUAAUCUGAACCCAAAAACAGGACCGGAGGCAGAUCAAGCAUCAAAGUGGUUUUAUCCAUGAGGGAAAGGUGGGGGAAGGGGUCCGAGGCAUGAGGAGUGGCUCCAAGGAGUGGUGAGGGCUAGAGGCUAAAGCAGGUGGGUGGUUUCAAGAGAGAUUGUCACAGUGUGGUAGAGAUUGGGUGGAUUGCACUAGGGCUCAUGGACACACUGGAAACAAAACAGAAAAGACACCAGUGAGUCACUGGGGAAGCACACAAAAAUAGGCAAUGUUCAACAGGUAGCAAAACACCAGCUUCACUGGGUUCAGGGUAACUUUGCACUGUUUUGGCUUGUGUUUUGGUGGUCUUAACCUGGGUUUGAUCACAGCCUUUGGUCCCUUUCUUGCCCUUCCUGUUUCCUGCUUUAUCCUGUUCCCUGUCAUCUGUGAAUAAAUCCCCAAAAUCAAAUCUUGAAAAAAUAAGGGUCAACUGUAUAGAAUUUAGUAGCAUUUUGAACAAACCCAAUAGAAAUGGAAAAUUUUAUUUGUUUGUAGGAUCCAGAACCUGACAGCUUGAUGUACCUGAAUAGUCCAAUUUCUACAUGCUGUAGCUGUAGGAAACAAUCCCUAGUGCUCUAAUGACUUCAGAAGAAAAAGACACAACUUAUCAAACAUGAAAGCAUUUUUGCACAAUCCUUUGUCACAAGUCUUUGUCAAAACUUGUCUUUUGAUGGUACAGAGGAGCAAACAGAGGGUCUGAAAUAGCUAAGGGGGACCGGCUUUUACACAUUUUUGGGGUGAGAUAUGAGAUGAGUGAAACUCUGAAACACACAACCAUCAGAUGCAAAUAAACAAGCAUCCAGCUAAAUAAUUAAGAUUUGUGGUGUCUGUGAUAUUUGACAACAGUUGACCAUUUGUUUAUCCAUGGCAUUAACUCGCCUCAGAAAAAGUAGCCUACUCUCCUUGUCCUUGUGUAGAACAUGAGUUUUUAUUUCUUAUCUUUUCUAUAUUGUUUGUGUUUUACAGGGAAUUACUCUCUGAGGAUUUACCUGGAGGACUUUGAUGGUAACCAGCGCUACGCUGAGUAUGAGAACUUUAGAGUGGCCAGUGAAAAGGUGUUUAUGCUCACCGAUGACUGAAAAGUACAAAAAAGUGUUGCAAUAUAGCUGAGUAAAUGACAUCAUAUAAGAAGAACUUGAUUCAUCCUUGAGGGGAAAUUCAAUACCACCCUUAAAAUAUAGAAAUUAAAUACAUUCACAUAAAAAAGAAAUUAAUGAGAUGAUUCAUUUAUAUUUCAAGGAAUUUAUGUGUUUUAUUUCUAUUCUCCACGCUGUUAACAAGAUAAGAAAUGAUAAGGAAUGAUAGUCCUUCCUCCUAAUUCUCCUGAUUCUAAACAUUCCCAUUACUAAGAAACACAGACUGUUACUAUAUCACACAACAGCCUCUUAGCCGUUGCUCAUCUGUCUCCACAGGAUCAUUACCAACUUGACUUUGGAGCGUAUGGAGGCACAGCUGGAGAUGCUCUGUCUGGAAAUUACCAGGUCGGUGUGUCAGAGUGGGCCAGUCACCAGGGAAUGAAAUUCAGCACCUUCGACCAAGACAAUGACAACUAUAAAGGAAACUGUGCCCAGGAAGACAAAGGAGGCUGGUGGUUCAACAAGUACGGGUUUCACAAGAUUUAUCUUCAGAUUCACUUGGAUGCAAACAUAAGUGCACCACAGUAAAUCAUUUAUCACAGUGAAGUAUAACCCUUGUCUUCACUCUGUCUCUUCCAGGUGCCACUCAGCUCAUCUUAAUGGCUUGUACUACCACACUGGACACUACAGUGCAAAGACAGAUGAUGGAAUAGUGUGGUACCCCUGGAGAGGAUGGUGGUACUCCCUGAAGAUCAGCAUCAUGAAGCUGCGGCCAAUCAACUUCAAAAUUGAUCCCAUUGAUGAUCCCAAUGCUGUCCAUCCCAGACUGUCUUCUUAGAAGGAUUGCAUCCUCUUUCUUCGAUUGUUUUCAGCAUAAAAUGCUUAGCAAACACAUUUUGAUGGUGUGAAAUCAGAGUUCAAGUUUGAAAAUGCACUACAACAUAAACUGGCAUCAUAUUUAUCUCAUACCACAUAUGGACUUCAUUCCACUUUAAGCACUGAUCCAACACAUUUAUACAAUGACAAAUGCUAUUUUAUGUGCUACCACUUUGUAUUUUGAUGAAGAAAAACAUGGUUUUAUUGAUGAUUCAAUGGCCCCUAAUUUAUUUUCUUGAGUGGUCAUAUAGAUGAGGGUAAAGGUGCAUACUUUAACGACAUUGGCAUAACUCAGGAGAGGACCUGUGAGACUUAAUACAUGUUCGAGAGAAAUUAAUGCUGCAAGGGGGAAGUAGCUUACUCACACACACACAAAUGUGCACACACCCAGAUGUCUAUUCUGGAGCAUAGAGAAAGGGGAAAUUUUAUGUCAGUAAGUAUGUCUGAUACAGGGAAAGCACAACUGAAGAUUUGAUUUCAAACAUUAAUGCAUGAUAAAAUGAGCAUCUAUAUUAGCUCAUACUAGCUCAUUAUGUCAACCAAAUAAUUUACAAUAUGACUUUGACAGAGCCAGUAAACAAAGUAUAUACAUAUAAUGGACAAUUUUAAAGAGACUAACGUCUUUACCUUCAUGAUCAAAAUAUCUAAAGGACUCUUUUUUCUAUAAGGUGAUCAGGGGACAGGAUUACAAUCUGUGAUAUGAAACGUAAAAAAGGAUGUAAAAUCUUGUACUGCACGACUGUUUUCCUGCCCAUUAUUCUCCAGAUCGCAAAUAAACUAUCUGUUUAGC